GCGACACCUGGACGAGGGAGGCGUCACAGGCGGGUGUGGGUGUGUCUUUGUGCCGCUUCAGCUGCUCCUGCUGCCCGGAGAGAGCAGGAGAAGAGGAGUGAGGAGGGCAUCGAUGCCUCCACGUCUCCUCUCACACACCGGCCUGUGUCUCGUGUUUUCGUCAUCGGGCCUCCUGCGCUGAGAUAAUGAAAGGAUGGCCGAGCAGCGAUGCGGGGACCACGCAGUGCUGACGGACGCUGCGGCAGCAGCGGCGAACCGCCGGGAUGAGAAGCAGCAAAAGCCGCAUCAGCGUGCGAUGAGCUCGGCGGAGGAGGCGGGAGCCGAGGGCCUGUCUUUGGAGGAGAUACUGAGGCUUUACAACCAGCCCAUCAACGAGGAGCAGGCAUGGGCGGUGUGUUAUCAAUGCUGUAGGACGCUGGCGAGGGGAGACUGGAGCAGGAGAAGCUCCUCCGCCUCCACAUCCACCUCCGCUGCCGGAGCAUCAUCAUCAUCAGCGGCUGUGAGGAGGAUAUCUGGACCCGGGGAUGUUCGGAUACAGAGGGAUGGAUCUGUGAGGGUGGAACAGCAGACAUGUGAAGAUACAUGCAGCCCUUGCACAACAACAGAGGUGAUUGAGUCUUUGGGCAUCAUGAUCUACAAGGCCCUGGACUUCGGGCUGAAGGAGAAUGAGGAGAGGGAGCUCAGUCCUCCUCUGGAGCACCUCAUUGACCUCAUGACUAACAUGACCGAGGCCACAAGGGACGCUUGUCCCGACGAAGGCUACGAGGCCACAGAGGAAGAGGAUGAGGUGGAGGACGACCCUGAAAACCUCUACGAUGUCCACGGUUACAGAGAUAUCCUGAAGCUGUGUACUGCACAUCUGCCCAGUCUGUCAGACGCCCCCAGUCACUACCAGGCUGUGUGUCGGGCUCUGUACACAGAAACCAGAGAAUUGAACACUUUCCUGGAGAAGAUCAGGAGUGCCAAAGAGAACCUCCGUAAAAUGGAAGAGGAUUCAUCGGACGGGACCGGCCGUGACCUGAAUGAGUUGCAGAAUUCUGACUGGGCUCGAUUCUGGGUUCAGGUGAUGAGGGAUCUGCGUGACGGAGUAAUGCUGAAGAAGGUGCAGGAGCGUCAGUACAACCCUCUGCCUAUUGAGUACCAGCUCACUCCCUAUGAGAUGCUCAUGAAUGACAUCAGGUCCAAGCGCUACAACCUGCGUAAAGUCAUGGUGAAUGGAGACCUCCCACCCAGAUUAAAGAAGAGCGCUCAUGAAGUCAUCCUGGAGUUCAUCAGAUCCAGACCGCCUCUCAAUCCUGUGUCGGCUCGCAAGCUGAAGCCACAGACUCAGCCUCCUCCGACUCUGCAUGAGCGAAUCCUGGAGGAAAUCAAAGCAGAGAGGAAACUGCGACCAGUGUCACCUGAUGAGGUUCGCAGGGGAAGGCUGGGUUUUGGCAAAACUCGCAGUAUGCCACAGGAUUUGUUCCGUACAGGAACAGAUGAGUUCAGUCCGUACAUGGGCAGAAGAACGUCCAGCUCUCUGUCUCUGAUCAACGGAACAUCGUCUCCCAGACUAGAACCCUGCGGAUCUCAGUCUGUGCCGCAGAGGAAGCGGCUCCUGAAGGCUCCCAGCCUCGCCGAGCUGGACAGCUCUGACUCUGAUGAUGAGGUUUUUGGGCGGAUAUCAGUCAGCAGCUCCAGUGUGGCCACAUCUCUGAUGGAUGACACGUCGCCCGAGUCUACAGUGGGGAAGAAAACUCCACCCAUGUUCCUGCCCAUCUCCUCUACACCUCAGCCUGAGAGGCGUCAGACCCCCCAGAGGAGACACUCCAUCGAGAAGGAAACCCCGACCAAUGUUCGACUGUUUCUGCCUCCGUCCAAAAAGAGUUCAAAGUCUCUGGAGGAGUUCUGCUUCCCUGUGGAGUGUCUGUCUCUGACAGUGGAGGAGGUGAUGCACAUCAGGCAGGUGCUGGUGAAGGCGGAGCUGGAGAAGUUCCAGCAGUACAAAGAAGUCUACAAUGCUAUGAAGAAAGGAAAGCUUUGUUUCUGUUGUCGAACCAAACGGUUUUCCUUUUUCACCUGGUCCUACAUCUGUCAGUUUUGCAAAAAGCCUGUGUGUUCACAGUGUUGCAAAAAAAUGCGGCUGCCGUCCAAACCUUAUUCCAGUCUGCCCAUCUACUCCAUCGGCUCAACCAACACACUCCCCAGAGAAAGGAUAAAUGCCAUGACUGUCGUAGGCCAAGGACUCUCUGUGGCCGGAGGGCCGGGACCAUCAGAGGAGAGAGAAGCCGUGGUGACAUCACCUGCUGCCAAAAGGGCAACGACAGGACCGUCUGCGUCUGAAGAAGUCCCAAAGGCUUCUGGAGCAGCAGCUGCUGAGAAACCUGAGAAAUCGGAGAAAUCCUCCAGUAAUCCGCGGCGUCACAGCAUCCACAAGACCAUGUCCAAGUUUUCCAAACAUGGCUCUUUAAAGUCUCACGAUGAACUGGAGCUUCCCUCGGAGCUGACGGAGGACUGGGCCACCAUGGAGGUGUGCGUGGACUGUAAGAAGUUCAUCUCUGACAUAAUCGCCUCCAGUAAGCACAGCCUGUCACUGGCCACCAAGAGGGCUCGUUUGAAACGCAAGACCCAGUCGUUCUACAUGUCCAGCCCUAAAGGCAGGGAGGAGUAUCGGCCGUCUGAACGGACCAUCAAUGAGAUCUGAAACUCUGGCCGCGUUCAGCUCCAAUCGCACAAUCACGAGACUCGCCCGAUGAUGACGACGACGACGACAACUGUACAUGUACCGUAUACUUCAGAGUCAGAGGAAGCUGUCAAAGUGGCUGCCGUGAACCUUGGUCGUAGACGGUGUGGUGUCUUCGCUGUAUCCUGGUCGUCGCGUGCAGCUCCUGCAGACAACAGCCUACUGUAGAUUAUUUUUCUCUAACAACCCUUUAAUUUGUGGCCGCAGACUUAAAAAGACGAAGAAGAGCCACGAACGAGAGCGUCCGGGCGGACUGACCUCCCUCCUGUCUGCUCGCUGCAAAGCAUGGUCCACCCCCACCUCACAUUCAAGUCAAUAAGCACAUAAGCAGAGAAGGACUGGUGUGUGUGUGUGUGUGUGUGUGUGUGUGUUUGACUCCCUCAGGCACUGGAGCUGCAGGAGACACAAGACCUGCCCUGACCUUGUGUUGCUGGGUUUUAAUUAAGUUCUUUUUUUCCACAUACAUUAUUUUUGUGUACAGUAAAAGCUGUAUUUUGUUGACGACUCCCCCCAUUUCACACAAGGCAAGGCUUUGUUUCACCAUAUAUGAUCCACAUUUAGAAAUAUCACGUGUUUUAAAUGCAGAUAUAGUCAUACUGUAAUGUAAUGUACUGACAUUAGUGCCAAAUUAUGCCUCAUGUUUUCUCCCCCAUCCCACUGAUGAUCUGUGGUGACCAAAGUGUGAUUAUUAAACCCCCAUAAAUGGGAGGUUAAAUCAACUAGAAUCUAAUUGAUUGAUGUAGCAGUUUUUAGAUACUGUAUAUUUGAAUGAGAUGUACAGUAGUUUAAGACUUACUAUUAUGUGUCAGACAUAUAGCCAAAUCCAUAAUUUCCCCCAAAAAGCACCUCCAUGGCAUCUUUCAUUGCCCCAAAUCCUGCUGGGACAUACACAUCCAUGUCAUCUGAUAUGAUACAGCACCAUAUGUACAUGUACAUGCAUGUGUGAAACAGGUGCUAAACUGCGAUUGGUGCAACAAAGUACAAGAAUCACCUGUUUUCAACUGAGCCUGCCUGCUUAAGACAAGUGACUAAAAGCACAAGAAAAAAAAAAUAUGUACAAGUAUUGUCAAUCAAAUCAAGCUAUAACAUGUCCCCACCAAGUUUAAGGAAAUUUGGUACACCUUGGUAAGCCUUAGGGGGGCGCUAUAGAGCCCUGGGGCAACGCACGGGUCCGUGGACUAUGACAAUAUUUUGGCCAGCUCUGAGGCGAGGUUUCCAGAGUGUUUUAUGCAUGUAAACCCCUCAAAAAUGCCACAGAAUAAUAAAAAUACUAAUAAUCUGAAGGAAAACAAUAUGUUCCUUGCACAUAUUGUGUUCAUGAUGAAUCCCAUCACAAACAGGAAGUUACUGAUGACUUUUCAGUCUUUUUUUGUUUUACAUAAAAUGAAACAAGAACAUGAAAAAUAUGUUGUUGUUUUUUUAAUGUACAUUCAUGUUGAUACAUGUGUGAUAUAUCAUGUUCACUUCUUUUAUUGAUUCCUGACUGGAGUUUGUAACGAAACAUAAUUUUCAUGUUUUUUUUAAAGAUGUAUAUAUUUUUGAAAUCCAUCUCUCAUCAUAAUAGACACACAAUCUACAGUGCUUAACACACUUAUUAGUUUUGUUUGAAACAUUCGUAACAUUCAACCACAAAAACACAUUUUUCUGUCCAGGAAUGCAAGUAAAUAUCCAUAAUUUGACCUUAAUCAAGAAAUAAUAAUGUGCUUUUUCCGUUUUUUUGGAAAACAGUAAAUUUGAAAACUCAUGGAUAACAACAUUAAAAAAAUAUUAUUUUGGAAACAUUACAGAAACAUGAUUUUCAUCAUUACCAAUGGGUGGUGGUCUAAUACAUUUGUUAAGCACUAUAUCUCCAUGAAGUCUUUUUCUGAUUUUCCCUUCAUCUCUGGCAGGAACAAACACCCGACCUUAAAUCCUUAUCACGUCCCUCUCGAGAUGUUUCUGCCUUAAAAACGCCUUCUUUUUUUUUUUAAUUGUCAUGCUCACAUGUUUGUGUACAUACAUUGUCUGUGCUGGUGUGUUUGUAGGUCAAGUCUGUGCUGCGUCCACAUAAAGACGAGGAGCGGGAGGUCCACAGAAAGAAAAGUAAUAAAAAUAUUAAAUAAAACAAAAGAAACCUCACAAAUGUGACAGACGGCAUCAUGCGAAUCUCAAGGGGUAAUCCCUCAAAAAAUAAUUGCAAAUGCAUGUAGUAACUACAGUGUAUCACGUACAGGCUGUAACUCCCUGGAGGGUUUGCAACAGAUGACAACAAUAAUAAACAGUAAUGAAAUACUUGUCCUUUAA